AUGAGAGAGCUUAGUAGCAGAGUGAACACCGACCAGAAGUCCGACAAUGAGCGGAUCGAGGAACUUCAGCGUGAGAACAGGCAGUUGCGGGCGCAACUCGUCGAUGUUCAGGCAAGGAUGUCGCGACUGCUUGCCAACAUUCAGGGUUUGAGCGACUCUGUUUCAAAGACUUUGAACGACACAGGAUCUCAGGACAACAAAGUUCUCGAGGAAACAGAACAUCACCCGUUACAGCUCUCAACAUACGACAAGAAGCAGACUGAUUACGAAGGGCCCCCUUUUCCAGGACCAUCUAUGCAAUUGGAACCUUUCGACACAUCAUCACUGAACUUUGACCCGCCGCUUGCCCAUCAUCCUGGUCCAGGUCAAUCUGAGGAUGCAUUUCUAUCGUCGGAACUCAUCAAUGUGACCGGAACCAGCCCCCUCUAUACCCAGAUCCCCAACAUCUGGAGCUUCGAGUACCAAACUGGAAUAGAGCCGUACCUGACUGCCAUGGCUGCAUCUCAGGAGUCCAGCAUGGCAAUGAGAAAAGACAUGCCGAUAUCAAAUUCGCCGUUCUCAGACCACAUCAAGCUUCUCCAGCAUCUUCUAAAGAGCAAGCUGGCAGCAAGCGGCUUCAAUCCGGACAGCCAACCGUCGAUGCAGAGUAUGACGCGACCGGAUGUCAUGGCAUGGUACGCCAAAACGCGCUUUUUCCACAUCAUCGAGCUUACGGCCUGGCAACUCUACCCCUCGCCCGCGACAUUCCAAAAGCUACACCAGCGGUAUCGGCCUACCGACACGCAACUGAAGCAUCCGCACCCGCGCGUGAUAGACUGGAUACCGUUCCCCUCGAUCCGGGACCGAUUGAUAGAGCUCCACGCCGCCAAUCCUCUUAUCGACCAGAUAUUUUGCGACGCCGUCUCGGGAUACGUGGUGGAAGCGGUCAUGUCCGAAUUGAUAAGGGACGCGCCUCAAAUUACAGUUUACGUCCGGGUGACGGACCUUAUCGCAGCCAUGUCAUUGUCAUCCGGUGCCGGCGACAACGAUACCCCAGCCAGUCUCCCCGCCCCGGAUAUCACCACUCUCUUCUCGUCUCCGUCUCAUGCUCGUGCAGCGUUCAAGCAGUUGAACAUGGAUAAAGGUGCAUCGUACUACAAGAUUGACCCGGCCUUUUACGCCAAAUAUCCAGAACUCUACGACCAGUCAAACGACCUCACAGCAAACGGCGUACCACUCAAGCCAAGAUCGCAAAAGGUUCUUACGUACCCGAAACCCCUCGACGACUCCAUGGUUGAGACCUACCGGAGUUUCAUAGACUUUUCCAUGGAUGCCACCAGCACCAUCUCCUCAACGACGGCCUCGUGA